AUGAGUGGUGAAAAAAGUGAUGGAUACGCGAAGUUGGUGGAGAACAUGAGGAAAAGAGUGGAAAUUUACGCGAAAAAUAAAGCGUUUCGUGCGGAAUUAAUAGUGGAACGGGAGUUGUCCGUGGUGGAGAUCCUCCAGGGGCAUAAGAUAGAGGCACUCUUGGAAAAGGUUUUGGAGAUGCAACAAAUCUCCGAAAAGUCAAGGGGUCUACUUAUUAGUUUUGGGACUUGGGCCCCUGCUCCCGUUCGGAAAGAUGAAGAUUCCUUUUGGAGUUUUGACCAGGAUCUAGCCCGUGGGCGAGGGAAAAUUCACCCGGCUCAAUCGUGGUUCCAGGAGUAUUUCUGGGACGAAGAAGAUGAAGCCUAUAUUAGAAGGGGCUUCUGGGCUCCGAAAAGCUUCCGCAAUCCCGUAAGGGUGAACGCUUAUUUACCGGGGCUAAAAAUGGUAGUAGGGCGGUUUCCCAAGAACGGGCUUCCAGAGAUUAGUUUAUUAAAAGAUCUUCCUACGAUUCCCGGGCACAUAGGAGUGCAACCACUGCGCAAGGGGUUAAAGAUUAUCUUCUUGCAAUGCCACGACUGGUUAGGGAUGAAUCAACCCCGUACGAGAGGAUGGUGGCAACUAAGAUUGGAUGUGGACAACAAGAGUGCUUGGCACACCUUCCCAGUGCCUUGCCCGCGGGCGAUCGCAAAAGUAGAAAAGAAGGAAGAGGAAGAAGAAAGGGUUAAUUGGGAAGAAGAAGAAGAGGAAGGAACAGAGGGUAGUUGGGAGGAAGAAGAAACAACAGAGGGAAGUUGGGAGCAAGAGACUGAAGAGUCAGAAGUAAAUUAUGAAGAAGAGGAGGAAGGGACGGGGAGUAGUUGGGAGGAAGAGUUCCCCAAUAGCCUCGGUGGAUAAAACGUACCUU